AUGGAUUUAGCAAGCAUCGCCAAUCAACAAAACAAGAAGAGGUAAAAAGAAUUAAAAAAAUGAAUGAAGCAAUAUUUCCAAUAUUGUCUUCCACUACCAGCUGAUUGAUGCAGAUGAGCAGUAAAGUGUUCCAGGUAAAUAUAUACCAAAGAUUGGCUGUGACUUCCAGUUACGAGAUACACAAUAGAGCUGUGAUAAUACUUAAUGGUUUGAGAAGCGCUAUGUCAGGGAUUAGGGGCUUAGAGGUGGUGCGCAGAGUGACAAUCAAAUAGAACCUUGCAGGGUUUGGAUCCGGGGACAUUGUCAAUAUGCAUGAAAGAAAAUGACUGCCACCACAUGGAGAAAAACUCGGAUUUCCCAUAUUUGGACAGAUUCUGUGAUUUUUAACCAGAUCAAGGUGUCAGUGGGCCAAGCUCGAUAAACUCUCUGUAAAUGGUUUAUGUCUGAAGGAUCAAUAGCCUGCAGGGGAGUAGCCACUUGAUUCCAUAUUUUUCCUGCCUAGUUUGGCAGACAAUCUCGGAGGAUUCCAGGGAGAUCUGGUGAAUCCACAAACUGCUUUAGUUAAGUUUCUCUAUGGGGUUGGAUCUGGGAUUCUGCAACAUAGCUCAUAUAAACUAACAGCACCAUAACCACUGCAAUAGUUCCUAUAAACUCACAGCACCAUAACCACUGCAAUCUCUCCUAUAAACUCACAACACCAUAACCACUGCAAUAGCUCCUAUAAACUCACAGUAGCAUAACCACUGCAAUAGCUCCUAUAAACUCACAGCACCACAACCACUGCAAUAGCUCCUAUAAACUCACAGCACCAUAACCACUGCAAUAGCUCCUAUAAACUCACAGCACCAUAACCACUGCAAUAGCUCCUAUAAACUAACAGCACCACAACCACAGCAAUAGCUACUAUAAACUCACAGCACCACAACCACUGCAAUAGCUCCUAUAAACUCACAGCACCAUAACCACUGCAAUAGCUCCUAUAAACUCACAGCACCAUAACCACUGCAAUAGCGCCUAUAAACUCACAGCACCAUAACCACUGCAAUAGCGCCUAUAAACUCACAGCACCAUAACCACUGCAAUAGCGCCUAUAAACUCACAACACCAUAACCACUGCAAUAGCUCCUAUAAACUCACAACACCAUAACCACUGCAAUAGCUUCUAUAAACUCACAGCACCAUAACCACUGCAAUAGCGCCUAUAAACUCACAGCACCAUAACCACUGCAAUAGCUCCUAUAAACUCACAACACCGUAACCACUGCAAUAGCUCCUAUAAACUCACAGUACCAUAACCACUGCAAUAGCUCCUAUAAACUCACAGCACCAUAACCACUGCAAUAGCUCCUAUAAACUCACAGCACCAUAACCACUGCAAUAGCUCCUAUAAACUCACAGCACCAUAACCACUGCAAUAGCUCCUAUAAACUCACAGCACCAUAACCACUGCAAUAGCUCCUAUAAACUCACAGCACCACAACCACUGCAAUAGCGCCUAUAAACUCACAGCACCAUAACCACUGCAAUAGCUCCUAUAAACUCACAGCACCACAACCACUGCAAUCUCUCCUAUAAACUCACAGCACCAUAACCACUGCAAUAGCUCCUAUAAACUCACAGCACCAUUACUACUGCAAUAGCUCCUAUAAACUCACAGCACCAUAACCACUGCAAUAGCUUCUAUAAACUCACAGCACCAUAACCACUGCAAUAGCUCCUAUAAACUCACAACACCACAACCACUGCAAUAGCUCCUUUAAACUCACAACACCAUAACCACUGCAAUAGCUUCUAUAAACUCACAGAACCAUAACCACUGCAAUCUCUCCUAUAAACUCACAACACCAUAACCACUGCAAUAGCUUCUAUAAACUCACAGCACCAUAACCACUGCAAUAGCUCCUAUAAACUCACAGCACCAUAACCACUGCAAUAGCGCCUAUAAACUCACAGCACCAUAACCACUGCAAUAGCUCCUAUAAACUCACAACACCAUAACCACUGCAAUAGCUCCUAUAAACUCACAGCACCAUAACCACUGCAAUAGCUCCUAUAAACUCACAGCACCACAACCACUGCAAUAGCUCCUAUAAACUCACAGCACCAUAACCACUGCAAUAGCUCCUAUAAACUAACAGCACCAUAACCACUGCAAUAGCUCCUAUAAACUCACAGCACCAUAACCACUGCAAUAGCUCCUAUAAACUCACAGCACCACAACCACUGCAAUAGCGCCUAUAAACUAACAACACCACAACCACUGCAAUAGCUCCUAUAAACUCACAGCACCAUAACCACUGCAAUAGCUCCUAUAAACUCCCAGCACCAUAACCACUGCAAUAGCUCCUAUAAACUCACAGCACCAUAACCACUGCAAUAGCUCCUAUAAACUCACAACACCACAACCACUGCAAUAGCUCCUAUAAACUCACAGCACCAUAACCACUGCAAUAGCGCCUAUAAACUAACAACACCAUAACCACUGCAAUAGCUCCUAUAAACUCACAACACCACAACCACUGCAAUAGCUUCUAUAAACUCACAGCACCAUAACCACUGCAAUAGCUCCUAUAAACUCACAGCACCAUAACCACUGCAAUAGCUUCUAUAAACUCACAGCACCACAACCACUGCAAUAGUUCCUAUAAACUCACAACACCAUAACCACUGCAAUAGCUCCUAUAAACUCACAGCACCAUAACCACUGCAAUAGAUCUAAUAAACUCACAGUACCAUAACCACUGCAAUAGCUCCUAUAAACUCACAGCACCACAACCACUGCAAUAGCUCCUAUAAACUCACAGCACCAUAACCACUGCAAUAGCUCCUAUAAACUCACAACACCAUAACCACUGCAAUAGCUCCUAUAAACUCACAGCACCAUAACCACUGCAAUAGCUCCAAUAAACUCACAGUACCAUAACCACUGCAAUAGCUCCUAUAAACUCACAGCACCAUAACCACUGCAAUAGCUCCUAUAAACUCACAGCACCAUAACCACUGCAAUAGCUCCUAUAAACUCACAGCACCAUAACCACUGCAAUAGCUCCUAUAAACUCACAGCACCAUAACCACUGCAAUAGCUCCUAUAAACUCACAGCACCAUAACCACUGCAAUAGCUCCUAUAAACUAACAGCACCAUAACCACUGCAAUAGAUCUAAUAAACUCACAGCACCACAAUCACUGCAAUAAGCUGUAAUAAUACAAUAAGCUGCAAUGAUAAAAUAAGCUGUAAUGAUAAUAAAAAAAACUGUAAUAAUCCAAUAUGCUGUAAUAUUACAAUAAGCUGUAAUAAUACAAUAAACUGUAAUGAUAAUACAACAAGCUGUAAUACUAUAAUAUGCUGUAAUGAUAUAAUAAGCUGUAAUAAUACAAAAAGCUGUAAUAAAUGAUAAAAUAAGAUGUAAUGAUGCAAUGCAGUGGUUGUGGUGUUUUGACACUUUGUAUUCCCGUGUGUGCUACAGUAAUUUGCAGUAAACUCCCCAGGUCAUCAAUACAUUGUUUGCUCGAAGAAUGAUCUCACCUGGAGGCGUCUGGAUCUAUUGUGAUAUUAGCUCCAGGAAUUAUUUGGUUUAAGCACUGUUUUUUGGCCAGACUAUACUGAAAGGGCACAAACAUUGGAAUUAAUUCACGGAAGUCGAUACAGCACCCAUUUUAGUAAAUACGUAUCUAUCCUUUUAUUGUCAAAAUCUAGGCCAAACUAGCUGAUCUGAAGAAAUUCUCCAACUCAGCGCAGCCUUUAUCUCCCAGUUUGGGUUUCAAUUCUCCAUAGUUCAGUGUUUGUUGUAUAAAGUGGUAUCAUUGUAAUUACCAUAAAGAGGAAAGUUAAAAAUAAAUCCCAUUAUUAGCAGUUAAUUAGGUGACUCUAUGAAGAUACGGGGUCUAUAUGAUCCCACACUAUAAGGGGCAGAGGGUUAGGGUUGUGUUUAGGCUCAGGGGGACUUGGCAUCUUUUCCUUGAUGAGAAUUGUGGGGAUUAAAUCUCCCCCUAGUUUAUCAGAAUCUUUUUAAAAGCAGGGGUGAUUUGCAGUCUUUGGAUGUGAGAGGUGUACAAUAACUAUCUGUAGGUGACCUAUACAUUAUAAAUGUGUGGGGUGUUCACGUAAUAUCUAUUGGAAUCUAUACACUUAAUAUCUAUAGGGGAUCUGUACAUUAUAUAUGUGUGGGGUGUUUGCUUAAUAUCUAUAAGAGAUCUAUACAUCAUAGAUGUGAGGGUUAUAGCCUAUAAAUCUAUCGGGGAUCCAGAAUAAAUAGCAUUGAGGUUUGCAAUCUAUAAAUCUAUAGGGGAUCCAGAAUCCAUAGCAGUGAAGUUUGCAAUCUAUAAAUCUAUAGGGGAUCCAGAAUCGAUAGUAGUGAGGUUUGCAAUCUAUAAAUCUACAGGGGAUCCAGAGUUAAGAGCAGUGAGGUUUGCAAUCUAUAAAUCUAUAGGGGAUCCAGAAUCCAUAGCAGUGAAGUUUGCAAUCUAUAAAUCUAUAGGGGAUCCAGAAUCGAUAGUAGUGAGGUUUGCAAUCUAUAAAUCUACAGGGGAUCCAGAGUUAAGAGCAGUGAGGUUUGCAAUCUAUAAAUCUAUAGGGGAUCCAGAAUCCAUAGCAGUGAAGUUUGCAAUCUAUAAAUCUAUAGGGGAUCCAGAAUCGAUAGUAGUGAGGUUUGCAAUCUAUGUAGGACCAGAGUUACAGUGAGGUUUGCAACUAUAACCAUAGGGCUCUCAGAACCAUAUAAGUGAGGCUUGGUAACUAUAAACCAUAGGGAUCCAGAACUACAGCAGUGAGGGUUUCCCACAAAUCUAUAAAUCCACAGGAUCCAGAACCAUAAAGCAGCGACGCGCUUGCAACUAUAACCCAUAGGGAUCCAGAAUCAUAGUAAAGUGAGGCUCUGCAACUAUAAACUAGUAGGGGAUCCAGAGUUAAGAGCAGUGAGGCCUUGCAAUCCAUAACCCAUAGGGAUCCAGAAUCCAUAGCAGUGAAGUUUGCAAUCUAUAAAUCUAUAGGGGAUCCAGAAUCGAUAGUAGUGAGGUUUGCAAUCUAUAAAUCUAUAGGGGAUCCAGAGUUAAGAGCAGUGAGGUUUGCAAUCUAUAAAUCUAUAGGGGUUUCAGAAUCCAUAGCAGUGAGGUUUGCAAUCUAUAAAUCUACAGGGGAUCCAGAAUUCAUAGCAGUGAGGUUUGCAAUCUAUAAAUCUACAGGGGAUCCAGAAUCCAUAGCAGUGAGGUUUGCACUCUAUAAAUCUAUAAGGGAACCAGCAUCCAUAGCAGUGAGGUUUGCAAUCUAUAAAUCUAUAGGGGAUCCAGAGUCAAUAGCAGUGAGGUUUGCACUCUAUAAAUCUAUAGGGGAUCCAGAAUCCAUAGCAGUGAGGUUUGCAAUCUAUAAAUCUAUAGGGGAUCCAGAAUCUAUAGCAGUGAGGUUUGCAAUCUAUGAAUCUAUAGGGGAUCCAGAAUCCAUAGCAGUGAGGUUUGCCAUCUAUAAAUCUAUAGGGGAUCCAGAAUCCAUAGCAGUGAGGUUUGCAAUCUAUAAAUCUAUAGGGGAUCCAGCAUCCAUAGCAGUGGGGUUUGCAAUCUAUAAAUCUAUAGGGGAUCCAGAAUCCAUAGCUGUGAAGUUUGCAAUCUAUAAAUCUAUAGGGGAUCCAGAGUCAAUAGCAGUGAGGUUUGCAAUUUAUAAAUCUAUAGGGGAUCCAAAAUCCACAGCAGUGAUGUUUGCAAUCUAUAAAUCUAUAGGGGAUCCAGAGUCAAUAGCAGUGAGGUUUGCAAUCUAUAAAUCUAUAGGGGAUCCAGAAUCCAUAGCAGUGAGGUUUGCAAUUUAUAAAUCUAUAGGGGAUCCAGAAUCCAUAGCAGUGAUGUUUGCAAUCUAUAAAUCUAUAGGGGAUCCAGAGUCAAUAGUAGUGAGGUUUGCAAUCUAUAAAUCUAUAGGGGAUCCAGAAUCCAUAGCAGUGAGGUUUGCAAUCUAUAAAUCUACAGGGGAUCCAGAAUCCAUAGCAGUGACGUUUGCAAUCUAUAAAUCUAUAGGGGAUCCAGAAUCGAUAGUAGUGAGGUUUGCAAUCUAUAAAUCUAUAGGGGAUCCAGAGUUAAGAGCAGUGAGGUUUGCAAUCUAUAAAUCUAUAGGGGAUCCAGAAUCCAUAGCAGUGAGGUUUGCAAUCUAUAAAUCUAUAGGGGAUCCAGAAUCGAUAGUAGUGAGGUUUGCAAUCUAUAAAUCUAUAGGGGAUCCAGAGUUAAGAGCAGUGAGGUUUGCAAUCUAUAAAUCUAUAGGGGUUUCAGAAUCCAUAGCAGUGAGGUUUGCAAUCUAUAAAUCUACAGGGGAUCCAGAAUUCAUAGCAGUGAGGUUUGCAAUCUAUAAAUCUACAGGGGAUCCAGAAUCCAUAGCAGUGAGGUUUGCACUCUAUAAAUCUAUAAGGGAACCAGCAUCCAUAGCAGUGAGGUUUGCAAUCUAUAAAUCUAUAGGGGAUCCAGAGUCAAUAGCAGUGAGGUUUGCACUCUAUAAAUCUAUAGGGGAUCCAGAAUCCAUAGCAGUGAGGUUUGCAAUCUAUAAAUCUAUAGGGGAUCCAGAAUCCAUAGCAGUGAGGUUUGCAAUCUAUGAAUCUAUAGGGGAUCCAGAAUCCAUAGCAGUGAGGUUUGCCAUCUAUAAAUCUAUAGGGGAUCCAGAAUCCAUAGCAGUGAGGUUUGCAAUCUAUAAAUCUAUAGGGGAUCCAGCAUCCAUAGCAGUGGGGUUUGCAAUCUAUAAAUCUAUAGGGGAUCCAGAAUCCAUAGCUGUGAAGUUUGCAAUCUAUAAAUCUAUAGGGGAUCCAGAGUCAAUAGCAGUGAGGUUUGCAAUUUAUAAAUCUAUAGGGGAUCCAAAAUCCACAGCAGUGAUGUUUGCAAUCUAUAAAUCUAUAGGGGAUCCAGAGUCAAUAGCAGUGAGGUUUGCAAUCUAUAAAUCUAUAGGGGAUCCAGAAUCCAUAGCAGUGAGGUUUGCAAUUUAUAAAUCUAUAGGGGAUCCAGAAUCCAUAGCAGUGAUGUUUGCAAUCUAUAAAUCUAUAGGGGAUCCAGAGUCAAUAGUAGUGAGGUUUGCAAUCUAUAAAUCUAUAGGGGAUCCAGAAUCCAUAGCAGUGAUGUUUGCAAUCUAUAAAUCUAUAGGGGAUCCAGAGUCAAUAGCAGUGAGGUUUGCAAUCUAUAAAUCUAUAGGGGAUCCAGAAUCCAUAGCAGUGACAUUUGCAAUCCAUAAAUCUAUAGGGGAUCCAGAGUCAAUAGCAGUGAGGUUUGCAAUUUAUAAAUCUAUAGGGGAUCCAGAAUCCAUAGCAGUGAUGUUUGCAAUCUAUAAAUCUAUAGGGAUCCAGAGUCAAUAG